AUGACGGUCUUCAUUGCAUCUCUUUUUCUUCCUUAUACUAUCAACUUUCAAGCUACGGAGCUGAAGCGCCGCAAAUCCUCCGCUAGCCACUCUCAUGCGGACGAUCAGAUCAUAGGAAGACUAGCGGAGUCCCACCGAAGACGUCACUCAAAAACAUUCAGUCAGUCACUGACGCCUGGGGCGACCACCGAAGACGAAAAGAUCUUUAAAUCAUAUGUGUCAAACUCUGCAAAAGAAGUCCCAUCUGCCGAUGAUCCCAACGGCCCGGGCCCCAGCGACCCUCCAAUUGUUUCCUGGGGUCAGAGCCGUAAAUUCAACCAGCCACGUUCCAAGGCGUCCAACUAUCCCGACCGCUCAAUCCUGAGCCGCUUUGGCUUGGGAGACAUAGACCAGUCGACUUAUCUCGAAGCUGCUCUAGAAACGCCAGACUCGGAAGAGGAUCAUGCGAGCCUGCGUGCUCUGCUCUCCGAUGUUGACUGGACUGUGAAAGCAGCCGAGCAAGGCAAUGGUGGCUUGCGGAAUGCAGUCAACGCCGCCGAAAAAGCAGGCAUCCUAUCGGACAAGAUGUGGGUUGGCACUCUGGGUAUGCCAACCGACUCACUGAAGGAUGAAACGCGCUCAAAUAUCUCGGAGACGCUGGAAGAUGACUAUGGAUCGAUCACGGUGUUUGUUGGUGACCACGAAUUCGAGGGGCAUUACUCGCACUUCUGCCGCUCGGUCUUGUGGCCUGCUUUCCAUUAUCAGAUGCAGGAGAGUCCCCGACAUACUGAGUACGACGACUACUCAUGGAAGCAGUACGUCAAGGUCAAUGAGGCAUUUGCAAAGACCAUUGCGGUCUAUUGGCGCCCGGGGGACACCAUUUGGGUCCAAGACUACCACCUUUUGCUCCUGCCAGCCAUGCUGCGAGAAAUGUUACCCAGUGCAGAAAUCGGAUUUUUCAUGCAUGCCGCAUUUCCCUCUUCGGAAGUUUUCCGAUGUCUCUCUGCGCGAAAUGCGCUUCUCAAUGGUCUUCUUGGCGCCGAUCUUGUUGCCUUCCAAACAGACGAAUACUGCUACCAUUUUCUCCAGUCGUGCAGUCGACUUCUAAGUUUGGAAGUGUCGGUCAACGGAGUCCAGCUGCCAGAUCGUUUCGUGCACUUGAAGAAACUGCCCAUAGGUAUUGAUAUAAAUUCCCUUGAUGACUUACGCCAAACCGCUGGAGUGAAGGAUUGGAUCGCGAGCAUUUUCUCCAGAUACAAGGACAAGCAUUUGAUCAUCGCGCGGGACAGACUUGAUGCCCCUGGUGGCGUCAAGCACAAGCUGAUGGCAUACGAGCUUUUCUUGAAGAAAUACCCUAAAUGGAGAGGAAAUGUCAUCCUCGUUCAAAUCGCUUCCGCAUCUGAAAUGCCUGAAUUGGAAGCCCAGGUCUCAAAAAUCGCCAUGAGAAUUAACUCCACCUACUCAACACUUACCCAUCAGCCACUGGUACUCUUGAGGCAAGAUAUUAGUUACUCCCAGUUCCUGGCUCUCAUGAGCGUGGCCGAGAUCUUCAUGGUGACUAGUCUGAGAGAAGGCAUGAACCUUCAGAGUCAUGAUUUUCUCCACUGUCAGGAUGGUAGAAUAACAGCUCAGCAACAUGGCUCCCUUAUUCUGAGCGAAUUCACCGGAAGCGCAUCUAUCUUCCAUGGGCACGAUCUGCUUGUCAAUCCCUGGAGCUACAAGGAGGUUGCAGACAUGAUCAACAAAUCGCUGGAGAUGUCGCCAGAGCAGAAAAAGCGCAACUGGGAUUUUUUACUUGAGCGAAAAGCCCCGUAUACUGCAGUGUCCUGGUGUAAUUCUUUCAAGACAGCUUUGGCGGAAGCACGCAGCUCACAAUUAUCUCGCGAGCUUAGCCAAGUGGCACCACUCUCAGUAUCUACUCUGAAAGAAGCUUACGAUAGAUCCGGCUUGCGACUCUUCUUUGUUGAGGACGAAGGAGGAAACUCCACUGCCUCGUCAUUUUCGCAGGACUCGCUCUCUUUGCUCGAGCGUCUCAUCGAGGACCCCAAAAACGUGGUUUAUGUCACGAGUAGCAAGAGCCCCGACAAACUGGAAUCGAUGUUGAAAGACUUUUCCAAUCGUGUUGGUUACAUUGCUGAAAAUGGGUGCUUCAGGCGUGACAUCGGGUCCUCUCAAUGGAAGUCAAUGAUUGACCUUGAAAAGGCAAAAGACUGGCGAAGCGGCAUUCGCAAGGUGAUUCAAUACUACCACGAAAGAACCGAAGGUAGUCAUAUAGAAGAGGGACACUGCCUUCUGACUUUCUGGUAUAACAACGCCCAUGACGCCGACAUCGCUGCCCGACAAGCGUCUGAUCUUGCAGACCAAAUCAACGGCACCCGUGGCAGCGAUGCUAUCCGAGUUGUUCUCACCGAGGGCGCAGUGGGUGUUGAGCCUCUGGACGGGAAAAAAUCGAAAGCGGCUGAGUCCGUCUUGGAUCUACUUCCACAGAUUCCGGAUUUCCUGUUCGUCGCAGGCGGCACCCGCGGCGACGAAACCUUGUUCCGCUGGGCAAAUCACCUUCAAUCCACCAACAUCAUCCGCAACGUGUCGACCCUCACUACCGGCACACACGCCACCGAGGCCAAGGCCGUGCCACCUAAAAACAUGACCGUGGCUGACAUCAUAAGCGCUCUCUGCGAUCCUGCCGUGAAUGUGUAUCCAUCUAUGAACGGCGACGGGCCUAUCGACGGUGAAACCUCCGUUCCCAGACAUCCCAUUGCUGGAUUCUGA